GCUGUGGGUGGAAACAGUCCUGGGUGGGGCUCAGGUGCCAAACAUUCCCAGACAAGAACGACCUGAAGAGUGAUUCAGACCUGCAACUGCCUGAGAGAGCAGCAGCACACCUGAGCUCCGGACAGCUUUUACCUGCAGCAUCAUGAGUGAAUCAGCAGAAGCCGUGGCUGCGAACCUCAAGAGCAGUAGAAACGCCACCAUCGAGAUCUUGAACCUCACCAACGGCUACUGCCUCAUCGACCCCAAGGUUUACCUGGAGAGUGGCCACGUGUACAUUCCGCCGCAGCCCACCGUGCGCCCGCAGAAAGUUGAGGUCUGCAACUUCAGCAGGGUCAAAACGUCGGGCGCCGUGGGCGUGUUGACCUACGAUCUGUUCAAGAAGGGAAGCCACAGCGCCGCCGAGAAGAUAGCCAUCAUGUUCUCCGUGCCCCGCGACUACAACAUCUACAAGAACUGGCUGGGCCUGGCCAUUUACAAAGCCGACAAGGAGUGCAACGAGAAGCUGUACAAGGAGAUGUACGAGAGCAAGGAGCAGGUGGGCUUCGUGAGGGAGGAGGCGCACGGCUGCGGGCUCACGUUUGAGGGCAUGAACGUGGACAUCAUGGGCACCAUGUCCCCGAUGGGCCGGGCCAUUGUAAAGGUGGAGAUCUGGGACAAGCUCUUCAACCCACCAAAGACCCAAGGUCCGUACUAAACCAACCAACCAACCAACCAACCACCGACCAUCCAACCAACCGACCGACCAACCGACAAUCCAUCCAACCGACCAAUCAACCACCCAACCGACCAACUAACUGACCAUCCAACCGACCAUCCAAC